AAGAUUUUGAGGACAAGUGGAUUCAGCAGACGGGAGGAAUCGAAUCCAAUGACCUGACCACUCAUCUACACAUCUACGAAGCAUCGUUAGAUUGUUAGCUGGCGAGUUGCACACUAGACCCUCUUGUCGUCUCUCUCGAGACCACAUCGAAUGAAACAAGCCUCGACGAAAUCCAGUCAAGGGUUGGAAUCCAGUGGCCCCCAACUCCUCCUCCUCCUCGCCGAAACGACCUCGUAGCCAUGAACAGACUCUGCUGGUCACGUACAGGUUGCUUCAGCUCGGGGAAUGGAAAUUCAAGGCUCAAUAAGGGCGGCAUUGCAUGUCGGCAACGAGGCCUGCUGCAACGAAAGGACAAUAAGGAACCGAUUUGUUGCAGUAAAUGCUGAAACGGGAUGGAGUUCGUUCGAGUCUAUGUCGUUGCGGGCCUAGGGGAGCAAUAAAGAACGCAUAACGGAUGCGCUCGUAACUAACGCACAGCGUAAUGGGAAGCGAGGUCGAGGGUCGAAGAGAUCCGCAUUCCUGCUGCGAUUUCCCAACAGCUCCGACUUUUUCGCACACCUCAAACGGGGACAGUACGAUCGAUGUACAUGAGCACUCAUUGCGCUGGCAUCUUCCGUCGCUCCCUCUUGGGAACAGCAGCUUCUUCUCAGCUGCAGUGGACCGGAAUUGAAUCUGCUCGAGCUGAUUUUCCGUGGGUAGCAUCGCCGCAGCUGACGGCCGAAUUUAGAAGGGCACGACUGUGCUGUGCUGUUUGGCGUGGGGGUCACUUCACACCCGAGCAGUUUGGACGGACUCGAGAACCCGCCGAGUGCAAAGAUGGAAAGCGGAGGUGGUGCAAGGGUAGAUGAAUCGCACUCGAGCUCAAGUUCGGCCGCUAGAUCCACUCGAAUCUGGAUUGGAUUCAGCCCCUGUUGUCAUCUGAAAAGUGGCCACUUCUGAUUGGCAGGCUUAUUGUCAACGACGCCGCAGACCUCAAGUUAGGUUCCCUUCGGCGUUCCUGCGGCCGUAGCGUAUUCCCUAGAGGAUCUCCCUCGAGAAUCAGUUGCUCUAGGAUGGUGAAUCGGCUCCACACCUAUCAUAAUCUCAGUUCUGAAACUUUAGGGCAGCCAGCAGGAUUUUCAAAUUUUUUUCAGCUUGCUAACUACGCUUUUCAUCGACUCCUGCCUUCAGUUCGGAACUCAGAGAUUACAGAGUUACUAUAUUCUUGCCUGUAGCGCAGAUAAUUUAUUCCUCGAUAAAUCGCUUCAGCAGUACUUCGAUCGUUUCCGUCGGUCGGUGCUCUGGACGACGUUUCGGAAUUGUAUUCUACGUCAUAGAGACCGACAUCAUACUGUCAUGGAUUUUCUGGAGGUGAGUGUUGGUAAUUCCGUCA